CUUGGUCUCUCAGACGCUACCGAACGCCGGUACGGUGUUGCACGGUGUGUGCUGUGCUUUCUUCGCCGUCCAUCGGGAGAACAGAGAGAGAGAGAGAGAGAGGGGGGAGAGAGAGAGGGGAGAAGGACAGAGUCAGAGAUCAUCGCGUGGACCAUCUCGCGGAGUCCUCGCGCGUACCCUUCCCAUACCGAUCCGAUCCUCUGCUUUUUAUUCUUCGCAUCGUUGUUGCCCGCUCGUUUGCAACGACGGACACACCGAUAAUUAAAAGAGGACAAAGUUCUUCGUCUUUCAUUCCUUCGUUUAAAUAUUCGCGUCAUGAGUCGUUGAAGAAUUCGUCGAAAGAAAGAGAUAGACGAAUAGAGAAAAAGAAAGAGACUGCGAUUUUACGCGAGAAGAGGGCGAAGAGGUCGAGGAGUACUCUUUGCCUUGUUAUCGAAAUGAAGAGGAACCGUGUUUUAUUAAGGAGUGCGUUGCUCUUCUUGCUGAUCGGCGCUGAUCUACUCGUCUCCGCAUCCGAGAACGAUGACUUGGUUUUCGAUCAAGAUGGGAAACAAUCGAGCCUGGAAAUUCCGUUGAUCGAGAAACACGAGGAGCGAUCGAUCUUUCACAGGAUAAAGAGAUCCUUCUUUAGCUUUUUCGAUCCCUUCGUAUCGACGCCUGCCGCUGCCAAUACCAGUGCUGCUACCAUCGACAACGGCACCGGCGGCUCAGCGACCGGUACCACGACGGUAUCAUCGCCGACGCACCUUCGGGAGGACGAAGGCACCGUUCGGCUCGUCGACGAUAGGAACAACACCGACGUCUCGAAACCUAGGAAAGGCGGUCCGAAUUUGGAGAGAUUGAUUCGGAACAGUCAGGAGGAGUACGUCGACGAUAAGCAGCAGGAGAACGAGAUCGGUGAAGCGGCGGAAGGGCGAAGGCAAUCGCAGAGUUAUGUCAAUUCCGACGACGAGGACCUCGUGGCGUCGGGCGAGAUCGAGGGUAGCGCAACGGACUCGGACGUUUCCCAACCUGUCACCGAGGGGCAAAGGAUCGAAGGAAAGGCCCGGCUCUAUCGGAUAACGUUGACGGUCGGCGAGCCUUACAGAAGAGAGUACGCCGACAGGAACAGCAGAGAGUACAAGGAGCUAAGCGGCAAUCUGACUCAGGCUUUGGAAGAACUCUACGCUCGACGUAUUCCCAAUUACGAUCACAUGGCCAACGUCAUUAAAGUAUCGCCAACGUCCGACGCGUUUACGUCGCAAGUCACACUCGAUAUCGGCUCCACGUUCACGGACGAGUUGGAGAUUCGAGAUAUACUCGAGAAGCAGUUGCAGUAUCACUCCUUGGGAAGCAUCCAAGUCGGUCCGGAGGGAUUCACUUUCCGACAUUUCCUAGUGGAGAAAGAAAGCGUGUUGCCGGAAUGCGAUCAGUCGAGCGAAUUAACGUGUAGAAACGGUGCAUGCGUGCCAUUAGAUUCGCGCUGCGACGGCACGGAGCAAUGCGAGGAUGGAUCCGACGAGCUCGAUUGUCACUCGACCUUACGGCCGACUACGACGCACGUUAGCGAGAGCGAAGAAGAGAGAUGGUCUUUGCCAACGGAGAUAACCGGCGACGUCGAGGAGCCGACCGAAACUGCCGUGGCAAGAGCCAAAGGAGAGGAAGAGGAUUCGACCUUGAGAGCAGCGUCGAACAAAUGUCGCGCCGACGACGUGGUCCGCUGUCAGGAUGGAAGUCGUUAUAUUUGUUCCGUACAGCGAUGCGACGGCGUGCCGGAUUGCGAGGACGGGGCCGACGAAGUAGGAUGUCCGCAUUCAGGCUGCAAGUUCGGCGAAUUCGCUUGCGACGUACGGAGGUGCAUCCUGGAAUCUCAACGUUGCAACUUCGUCGAGGAUUGUCAAGACGGAAGCGACGAGCACGAUUGCAACUAUCCCGCGUGCACGUCGAGCCAAUUCAAAUGCAGAAACGGAGAGUGUAUCGACGGAAGCAAGCAUUGCGACGGCGUUUUGGAUUGUCGAGACAGAUCGGACGAGUAUGGCUGUCCCUGCAGGGAAUACCAAUUCGAGUGCUCGGCCGGUUACUGCGUAGACCUAUCUCGUCGCUGCGACGGAUACAUCGAUUGUUUCGGCGGAAAGGACGAGGAAAAUUGUAUCGGAACGACAAGAUGCCGAGAGGGCGAAUUCGAAUGUGCCAGCGGUACGUGCGUCAGCAAGAUGGCAAGGUGUAAUGGACGCAACGACUGCGACGAUCGUUCCGACGAGUAUAAUUGCACCGUGACGACCUGCAGCAGCGAUCAGUUCCGUUGCAUAGACGGUAUCUGUCUGAGCAUCGACAAGAGAUGCAACGGCGUGGCCGAUUGCCGUAACGGCGAGGACGAAAACCAGUGCGGUUGCGGAGAUGCAGAUUUUCGGUGCACGGACGGCCGAUGUAUAGGCUACGAGUUGCAGUGCAACGGGGUGAACGAGUGUUCCGAUGGCUCGGAUGAGAGGGAUUGCGAGAAGUAUCGCCGACGAAAGAUUUAUAAUCCCAAACGCUUCGAAACGAUCGUAAGGAAGUUGUUCAAGGCUAAGGAAGCAUCGCGAGAGAGCAAGUACAAGAGACUGAAAGCUAGCGAAGGAAAAAGUUCGAAGGAGAAGUCAUCGAUCCUGGCGACGUGUACCGACAAAUUUUUGAGGAAUAAUUCGUCGAACAACGAUCUAUGCGCUCUGAUAGUUCGAAAACUCGCGAAACAAUGGAUACGCCGUUGGAAAUAUCAGGAAAGCGAUCGAAGGAGAGAGGAAAAGAGUCUCGCUUUCUCGUUGCUGAAUUCUUUUCCCGAGCUGAAAGAUCGGAAAUUGGAAAACUCGAAUCAUCGACGCGUCGAUGAUUCGACUUCGAGGCAAUAUUCGACGGAAGAUAUCUUAAUUUCUACCAGCCUUCCUGGCUCGACUCGAACUGAUUUUUCGAGCGAUACCACCGAACUUUCGGAAUUUGGUUAUUCGACGAGUACAAAGGGAGAUUUCGUAGGUACGAGCGAGGAUUGGAACGAAACGGAUCGAGCGGAAAGUUCGAGCACGACUUCGAGCUCGACGACUUCGGAUUACGAGGCGAACGAUGAAAAGUAUUUGAAAAAUAAGACGCUUCUCGACGGCGCGAACAACGACUAUUCCGAGGAAAGCGAUUCGUUUACGUCGAGAACAACGACGAGUUCUCGGGACGUCACGAAGAUGACGUCUCGCGAAGAAGACUCGAACGAGUGUACGUCGAAAUGUGCCGAAUUCUGGAUAAAAAAAUUUUGGCACCAAGUGAUAAAAAAUUCGACCAAGUUCAUUAAAAGUUUGACCAAGGACAAGAUUGCGAGCGACGAGCCGGAGGAUUUUAUCGAUUCGACGACGUAUAAAAGUUUUACUUUCACGAAGAAACCGUUGCACGUUAUUCCUAUAAAAAAUAUCAAAGAGUUUCGAUCCAACAAGAACGCGAGCAACGACGAAAAUUUGUGGGAAAGGGACGACGUAACGAACGCGACUACGGAAUCUUUCGAUUUUCCUCUCUCCGAUGAUUUGAUCAAUUGUCGGAAAAAGACCGAAGGGGCUACCGUCGAGAGUAUCUGGGGGAAUGAUUCCGACUUGGGAGAAAGGAGAACCGAAGACGAGGAGGACGCCACGGACGAACUAGGGAUUUCGUCGACGAUUCCUGCCGAUCCUAACGAUGAUUAUCGAGGCGCAACCUCGACCUUGAGAGAAAUCGAAUCGAAGGAAAAUACGGACGAAAGCGACGAACGUACGACGAGGUCGUAUCGCAAUUCGACGGAAAGCGCAACGGGGGAGAACGAGGUGGACUACGACGAGGAUUCGGAUGAGAACGGCGAGGAGGACGAGGAGGAGGAAGAGGAGGAGGAGGAGGAGGACGACGACGACGAGGAGGAAGAGGAGGAGGAGGAGGAGGAGGAGGAGGAGGAGGAGGAGGAGGACGAGGACGAGGAGGAGGACGAGGACGACGACGAGGACGAAGACGACGACAAGUGCAACGACAGUCAGCACUCUUGCGACGAAGGUAGUAGGUGCGUUACGGAGGAACAAGUUUGCAACGGGAUCGUCGAUUGCAACGAUGGCACCGACGAGAUCAGCUGCGAUUAUUAUUUAGACGUGAAAAAUAAAGUCGACAGAGUUAACGACGAGCGCUGCAAGCUCUUCGAGUUUCCUUGCGAUGGAAAGUGCUUAGACCCGUUGCUAUUAUGCGACGGCGUUGAAAAUUGUCUCGAUGGCACCGACGAAGAGGAUUGCGAUGUUUCCGAGAAAACAGUAACUGAAUGUCCGCCUGGAAACUUUCGAUGCAACGACGGAUUGUGCCUCGACAGUAAGAAACGAUGCGACGGACGAUCGCACUGCUUGGACGGCUCCGAUGAGAUCAAUUGCCAGUGCCCCGUUGGUAAUCGAGCGUGCGACAACGGCGUCUGCAUCGACGAAAGAUUUUUCUGCGACAAAAGCUACGACUGUUUGGACCACAGCGACGAACGCGAUUGCCACGACGAGGCAACGAGCGAGAAGGGCUAUCCCAAGGAGGACGAGUGUCGCGCCGACGAAUUCGCCUGCAACGACGGAACUUGUAUACCUCGAGUUCUCGUCUGCGACGGUCAACCGGACUGUCCGCAGAGUACGGACGAGCUCGAUUGUUAUCCUCACGGGUGCGGACAAGAUCAGUUUCAAUGCAGAACCGGCGAUUGUAUCAGGAACGACCAGAGGUGCGACGGACGUAUCGAUUGCGAGGAUGGCUCGGACGAACCCUCCGAGUGCGACGCUACGACCCUCGAGCCGGAAGGACCGGGCGCCCGUCCGAUGCCAGGCCGUUGCCCGGCCGGACAAUUCCAGUGCGUUUUGGACAAGGCCUGCGUACCACACUCGUCCGUUUGCAACGGCGUUCCCGAAUGCCGAGACGCCAGCGACGAGAACAAUUGCGAUUACACGAUCGAGGAGGAGUGCUCGUUGGACGAGUGGAGAUGCGAGAACGGCGGUUGCAUCUAUCUCCAUCAACGCUGCAACCAAUUAGUCGAUUGUACGUUCGACGAGAGCGACGAGCUCGGCUGUAAUUAUACGCUCGGAAGGGAAAGUAACGGUACGUGCGAGCCGCACGAGUGGAGAUGCGAUAACGGCCAGUGUAUACCGUUGUCUCGGCGCUGCGACGAAAGGGUCGACUGUCUUACGGACGCGUCCGACGAAUUCGACUGCAGUUACGAUCCUCGUCCGACCGGUGGAUCGACCGAGCUGAACUUGAAAACUUAUCCGAGCGAGCAAGUGAUCAAGGAGAAUCCGGCGAAGCAAGGCCGCGAGGUCGUCUUCCAAUGCCGUGACGAAGGUCCUCUGCGUGCAAGAGUACACUGGCUUCGCGAUAACGAUCUUCCUCUACCGCCUGCCAGUCGAGAUCUAAAUGGCAGAUUGGAAAUACCAAACAUUCAGCUCGAUCACGCGGGGACUUACAUUUGCGAAGCAGUGGGCUAUCCUCCAUCCACCCCGGGAAGUCGACUAAGCGUUAAUCUCACCGUUGAAAAGUUCGAGGAGCCGGCAACGAGGCCGCCGCAAGUAUGCCAAUACGAUCAGGCCACGUGCAGCAACGGGGAUUGCAUUCCGAAGUCUUACGUCUGCGACGGAAAAUUCGACUGCACCGACGGCUCCGACGAGAUGAGAUGCAGUCCGCACGGGUGCGAGCCCAACGAGUUUAGAUGCAACAACAAGCAGUGCGUGAGCAAGCUUUGGCGCUGCGACGGCGAGAGGGACUGUGCCGACAACAGCGACGAGGAGGACUGUGCACCCGCUCCGCCCGGCUCGCCCUGUCGCUAUCACGAAUUCGCUUGUGCGUCCUACAACCAAUGCAUACCGAAGGUCUAUCAUUGCGAUCGAGAACGGGACUGUCUCGACGGUAGCGACGAACUUGGCUGCUCUCCCGUAUACAUCGUGAAGCCACCGCCGCCGAUGGUAGUCCUUGAACCGGGCGAUCUUAUGGUACUGACCUGUACGGCGAUCGGCGUACCCAUUCCGGAGAUAAACUGGCGACUGAACUGGGGACACAUACACUCGAAAUGCAGCACUACGUCCGUGAACGGAACCGGGACGUUAACGUGUCCCGAUAUACAGCCAGAGGACUCGGGCGCUUACUCCUGCGAAGCCUUGAACGUCGUCGGCUUCGUUAUAGCCCAGCCGGACGCUAUUUUGGUGGUAAAAGGACCGAAGGGCAUCUGCCCGAAGGGAACGUUCAACGCGGAAGCGCGCUCCGUCGACGAGUGCAUAUCUUGCUUCUGCUUCGGCGUAGCUACCGAGUGUCGCAGCGCGAAUCUCUUCACUUAUCAGAUCCCGCCGCCGUUCGAAAGUCACAAAAUCGUAUCGGUACAAACGGAAUCGGAGAUACGUUUGUUCGGCGACAUCAAGGAUCAAAUAUCCGAGGUUCGACCGAUCGGCCGCGAUGGCAUUCAGUUGCUCGAAUCCUUCAGCAACGAGAUGAGCACGCACAGGAUACCGUAUUACGCCCUCUCCGAGAACUAUCACGGCAGCCAAUUGAAGUCUUACGGCGGUUAUUUGACUUAUACGAUCCAUUACAACGGCAACGGUGCGCCGAACGACGCGCCCUCGGUCAUUCUUACCGGCAACAAGUACGUGCUCGUUCACAAAGGCCAUCACAUACCGCCCGACUACGAGACGAAAGAAACCGUUAGAUUUUUCUACGGCGAGUGGUACAAGCGUCAAGGUAACAGCGAGGUGCUCGCAUCUAGGGAAGAGAUAAUGAUGACGCUGGCUAACGUCGACAAUAUUCUCAUCAAAGCGAAGUACGAAGAUUCCCCGCAGUUGGACGUACGCAUCACCGACAUCGUGAUGGACACCGCCGACGCGCGCAAUACCGGAUUGGGAUCCGCGUCCUACGUGGAGGAGUGCCAGUGCCCUACCGGAUACACCGGGCUUUCGUGCGAGAACUGCGCACCGGGAUUCCUCAGGCGCGAGAGCGGACCGUGGCUUGGACAAUGUUACCGGGACGAUCCACCCUGCGCCCCGGGCUACUACGGAGAUCCUUCGAGGAACAUACCUUGCCAGCUCUGUCCGUGUCCUCUGACCAAUCCGUCGAACCAAUUCACUCGGACCUGUCAUCUCGGAUCGGACGGCGAGCCUACGUGCGACUGUCCGGCUGGAUACGUCGGUCGUAGAUGCGAGCAAUGUGCCAUCGGCUAUCAAGGAAAUCCUCUCAUUCCCGGCGACAUGUGCGUACCCGUUCAACAAUGCGAUCCCGAUGGUAGCCUCACUCCGAACGCCGACCCCUACACCGGAAAGUGUCGUUGCAAGCUAUACGCAACGGGCCUGACGUGCAACCAAUGCAAGGCAAAUACGUUCAACCUGGGCUUUAGGAAUCAAUUCGGAUGCAUAAGUUGCUUUUGCAUGGGCAUUACGAACAAAUGCGUCUCGUCCAAUUGGUACAGAAACGAGAUUCACGUGUCGUUCACGAAUUCCUUGCGAGGUUUCACGCUGACCGAGUCGAAAACACCCGACGCACCGCCGAUAUCGGAUGGCAUUCGCCUCGACACGAUCAAUCGCGAAAUAGUCUACAACGACUUUCAUAAUCGCGGUAACAACGACGUCUAUUAUUGGCAACUGCCGAAUAUAUUCCUCGGCGAUCAGAUAACGUCGUACGGUGGUCAUCUCAAAUACACGGUCCGAUACGUCCCGUCGCCCGGUGGUCAAAGUUCGAGAAACAACGCCGCCGACGUCGAAUUGAUCAGCGCCAACGACAUUAAAUUGCUCUAUUACUCGCGAGAAUCUCCCGAGCCUAAUUCUCAGCAAUCGUUCACCGUUCCGUUGCUCGAGCAAUAUUGGCAACGUGCCGACGGAACCACCGCCGACAGAGAACAUCUUUUAAUGGCACUGGCGGACGUACGAGCUAUCAAGAUCAAGGCCACUUACACGACCCACACCGACGAGACGGCGCUCUCCUCGGUUUCCCUCGAUACGGCGGAAAAGCAUAACACUGGAAAGGCAAGGGCGGUCGAAGUCGAGGAAUGCGGUUGUCCCGUCGGAUACAAGGGACUCUCGUGCGAGGACUGCGACGUUGGAUAUACGAGGGCCAUGGAAGGCCUGUAUCUUGGAAUUUGCGAGCCUUGUAAUUGCAACGGGCACUCGAGUCAGUGCGAUCCCGAGAGCGGACUGUGCGAGAAUUGUGCCGAUCACACUACCGGGGAAUACUGCGAAAGAUGCGAACCCGGAUACGAAGGAGACGCGACUCGUGGUACCGCCAACGAUUGUACGCGCAGAACCGAUCCCGUGCAGUGCACCUGCAACGAAGCUGGAUCUCGUAGCGCUUCGUGUUUCGGCGGUCGCUGCGAGUGCAAGAGGAACGUCGAGGGACCGGAAUGCAACAGAUGUCGUCCGUCUACCUUUGGAUUGUCCGCUGAAAAUACGGACGGUUGUAACGAGUGUUACUGCAGCGGCGUGACCAAGCAAUGUCACGAAAGUUCGCUCUACGUUCAACAGAUUCCGAUAUGGGUUUACGAUUCCCAUCAUGGAUUUACCCUUACCGACGACACGAGACAAGACGUUAUAGACGACGGCUUCGACUUGAACGUCGCUAUGAACGAAAUUGGAUAUCGCUAUCCCGACAACCGUAGUCGCAGACUGUUUUGGUCUUUGCCAUCCGCUUUCACCGGUAAUCAAGUAAAAAGCUACGCCGGCAGUUUGACCUUGACUCAGCACAUCACUGCGCAGCCCGGGGCACAAAGCUACAAAGAUCAAGACAUUUUACUCGUUGGAAACGGCAUCACGUUGUUCUGGACCAAUCCAACAGACGUUUUACCGGACAUACCGCUGACCUACUCCGUUCCACUGAGAGAAUCGGAGUGGAAACGAUUGACGACGGCGGGACCACGCAGUGCUUCUCGUACGGAUAUGAUGACGGUUCUUUCCAAUAUCGAAGCUAUUCUGGUACGAGCUUCUCACAGUGAAAAAAUGACGGCGACUUACAUCAGCGACAUUAGUCUCGACACGGCGGUAGAAAACUUCACCGGACACAGAAGAGCGACUCAAGUCGAAGCGUGUCGUUGUCCAGCUGGUUACGUCGGAACGUCUUGCGAAACUUGCGCCCGUGGAUAUUACAGAGAUACCAGUGACAGAGCUUUCAGCGUUCUUGGCUCUUGCAAUCCCUGUCCGUGCAAUAACAACGAAGAGAACUGCGAGAUCAAUAGGUCCGGACACGUCAAGUGUAAUUGCUUGCCAGGAUACGCAGGACAAAAUUGUCAAGACGUCGUCGAAUAUCCUCCAACGAUUCCUCCUCCGACACCGACCAUUACCCCACCAAGGAUCGUCGUUUUCGUGCAAGAACCAGAAUUCCAAAUCGUGCACACGGGAAAUACCGUCAGAUACCAUUGCAGCGGUAGAUCGCUCGACAACGGUUCUUUGUACAUUCGUUGGGAGAAGGAAGGCGGUCAGUUGCCAUCCGGUAGAAGCAUAGACGAUUCUCACGGAGUCUUGAUCAUCAGAGACGUCAAAGUGUCCGACAGCGGUAUAUACGUUUGUCAAGUUAGCGACGGAAUAAACAUUGGAAUCAAAAAAGUCACUCUUACCGUUGGAGCUUUUCCCAAAAGUUUGUUAGAGAUACCAGGAGCGAAUCCGGUAAAACCUCGAGUCGUAAUUAUGCCGCCUUACCUCGAAGUCAAGGAAGGAGAACCGGUAGAAUUUCAUUGCGACGCCAAUGGUAAUCCUCCUCCGCAAGUAGAAUGGAUUCGACUUCAUGGAAGCAUCAGUUCGGAGUCUUCCUUCCAUAACGGCGUUUGGAGGCUCCCGGCUGCCUCGAGAAACGACGCAGCCGAAUACAAAUGCAUCGCUAAGAAUAACGUCGGAGUGGAGGAAAAAACAACGAUUCUAUACGUUAGAGAAAAUCCGGAAGGGCCUCCGGCUACCGGCUUGGCUCCGAUCAUAACACCCGCCGAAUGGGUCGGCUCCAUCGGAGACGUCGUCAGACUUACCUGCACCCCGUCGCAAAGUGCUAAUCUAACGUGGACUCGAUCGGACGGCUUGCCUCUACCUUACUCCGCGACCCAGCGCGAUGGCAUUCUGAUAAUCAAUAAUCCAACGAUCAGCGAUUCCGGCUUAUACGUCUGCAUCGCUGUCAGUUACAAAGGAACGGAAACGAAUUCUACCGCUAGAAUAACGAUAAUCCCACGAAGAGAUCCUCCGACGGUUAAAGUCAAGCCUGAAAGACAAAUAAUAUCCCAAGGAACGUCGACCGAGAUACGUUGCGUUACGGGCGGAGAGCCGGGUCUGCAAGUGAAAUGGAGUAAAUUUUCGGAAACGAUGAAUUCGAACGUCCAACAAGUCGGAGAUACUCUUAGAAUUAUUAAUGCGCAAGUUUCUGACCGAGGCGUAUAUAUCUGUCGUGUCAGUAGUCCUAUAGGCAGCUACGAAGCUAGUGCCAUCGUCGAGGUCGAACCUCGUGAAGUUCCGGUCCUCGAAUUGUAUCCGAAAGACAUCCAGCCCGUCACGCUUGGUGGCUCUGCCGAUUUGCAAUGUCGCGCCAUAGCCGGUCUUCCACUUCCCGAGAUCCAUUGGUCUCGUCAAGACGGCAGAUCGUUUGCUCCGAACAUCGAACAACUUCCUGGCGGAUUAUUGAGACUCUCUAAUAUCACGAUAAACGACGGUGGUUCUUACGUGUGCUCGGCCACGAACGAAGUUGGUUCCGCGUCCGAGAUAGCCCAUAUCGAAGUACAGUCGAUACCCGUUAUCACGAUCGAGCCAAGGACGGGUAUUUUGCAAGUGAAACUUGGAGACAGGGUGCGAUUGACUUGCAGCGCUGUGGGCCAUCCACAGCCAAACGUUGCCUGGAGUAAACAUGUCAAUGGAUUGGCCACGUACGAUGCGUACAGCAAAACAGCUGCGACGCCGUUAAGCGCGGUAUACGAAAUAUUCUCGGUCUCCUCCGACGACGAAGGUUCCUACUCCUGUCAAGCGUCGAACUCGGUAGGCAUAGUAGAGGACCGUGUCCAAAUACGCAUCGAGGACAACGAUAUCGACUCUACGCCUUGUCGAGGCGAUAUGACUUGCGAUAACGACAACAGACGUCCGCCAACUCAGGAUCCCAGAUAUCCUUAUCAGGGUGGCGUAUUGAUUCCCGAAGACUUUUUAAGAAUUCCCAAUAGCGGUAAAGUGGAAAUGCGCUGUCAGGUGAUUGCCCCAGAUGGCGAUCAGAUUUAUCUUGAUUGGAAGAGAAGCGAUCAUCGUGCCUUACCGAAGGGCAGUACCGUUCAUAAUGGCGUUUUAAGCAUUCCGACGGUCGACAAAAAUGCCGCAGGGGAAUACAUCUGUCUUGGCUUAAAUCCUGCCGGCACGGUCAUUUUCAAAGCUAAAUCUCAUCUGGAAAUCAUAUCUCCACCUAGGAUCGAGCUUAAUCCGACCCGUCAAACCGUUGGUCCUGGUAAAAAUCCUUCUAUAACGUGCACCGCAACCGGCGACGAGCCUCUUCACAUUCAAUGGGAAGCUAUAGGACGGCCACUUCCGUAUUCCGUAUCUAAUGAUAAUGGCGUUUUGCAAUUCCACGGUAUAACGUAUUCGGACGCUGGAAAGUACGUUUGCAAGGCCACGAACGAGGCGGGCACGGCAGAGGCGGUAGCGGAAGUCAUAGUUAACGAACAUUCUUACGACGACACGAGCAUUCGCGCCACCCAAAGAGACAUUACGACGUAUCCAGGUAAUUCUGUACGUUUGCGUUGCGAGAUCAGGGAACACGCCGUGAUAGAAUGGAGUAGAGAGGGUCAAUUUUUGCCUUUACACGGUCGAAUUGGCGAAGACUAUUUAGAAUUAACGCAAGUCAAACCAGAAGACAGUGGAAGAUAUAUUUGUCAAAUUCGUAACUCCCAUGGAGUUUCCAGUGAUUACAUUAAUUUGAAUGUGAUACUAGUUAAUUUGCUUGCGGAUUGCAUGCCAGUGUACCGAUCGCAGUGCAGACCCGGGGAGUAUAAGUGCUACAGUCAACAAUGCAUUCAUUUGGAUUACUUUUGCGACGGCUAUGCUCAAUGCAACGAUGGUACUGACGAACGCUUCUGCCGCAUCCCGCAAUAUCGCCAAUUUCUUCAAAGACGACGCGCUGCCGUUGCACCUGCACUUACCAUCGAGGCAUCUCAAGAUCCUGUAAAUAUCGGAGAUACGGUUGACAUACGUUGCGCGUGUUCGGGUAUUCCUAGUCCGCACUAUCGAUGGUCCAGACCGAACCAUCCGGAUUUACCAGCGAAUGCUCAAACGUACGAAAAUAUUCUUAGAUUGUCCAACGUAGCCGUCAGCGAUAGCGGUACCUACAAAUGUACAGUAAUGACUCCGCAAGGCAUCUUUGAGGAAGAUUUCAAUCUCAUUGUACAUGGUGGACAUAACGAUGGGCCAGCAAUUGAAACGAAGUUGGCACCUUACGGAUCUAGUAUUGAAAUGGAUUGUCACGUUGAUCUUGAGCCACCUGUUAAAUUCCAAUGGAACAAACUUGGUGGACUGUUAUCUCUGGACACAGAAACUUACCAGAAUACAUUGAAACUGAAAAAUGUCAAAGCCGAAGAUGCAGGAACAUACAUUUGUAUAGCGAACAACGAUAAAGUAAAUUUAGAAGUACCGACCGUGCUCGUCGUAACGGGAGUCGUACCUAACUUCAGUCAAGCGCCAGAGAGUUACAUAGCUUUGCCUCCAUUACCUGAUUCGUAUCUCAAGUUCAAUAUUGAGAUAUCUUUCAAACCGGAGAAUUAUGACGGCAUUAUCUUAUACAAUGCCGAAUCGAAUCACGGUAGUGGGGAUUUCAUUCUUCUAUCCCUAGUAGGAGGAUAUCCACAAUUCAAAUUUGACCUUGGUUCUGGAUCAGCUGUUAUAUUAGCGGAUAAAUCGGUUACUUUGGGUCAAUGGCAUACGAUUAAAAUUCAACGUGUUAGAAAGGAAGUAACGAUGCUAGUCGAUGGUCAAGGACCGUACAGAGGAGUAUCGGCUGGUCGAAGACAAGGAUUAGAUCUUAAGGGUCCACUUUAUAUCGGUGGAGUUCCAAAUCACAGUAUUGUUAUCAAAGAGGCUGUUUCGAAUAUCGGAUUCAUUGGUUGUAUCAGCAGACUAGUCAUUGGUGAAAAGGAAAUUGAUUUAAUCGGAGAUCAAACGGGUAACGUAGGGAUAACGACUUGCGAAACGUGCGCCGAAAAUCCAUGCAAUAAUGGUGGAGUUUGCCAGGAGGCAGCUACGAAGAACGGUUAUAUGUGUUUAUGUAGAGCUGGAUUUAAUGGGAAACAUUGUAACUUUGUCGGACAAUCUUGCUAUCCAGGCGCCUGCGGAGAAGGAAAGUGCGUGGAGAAGGAGGCUGGUUUUGAUUGUUACUGCCCGUACGGAAAGACUGGUCCACGUUGCGAACGAUCGGUAAAGAUCUACGAACCAGCUUUUAACGAUGACAAAGCUUUCAUCGCACAUGAUACACCAAAGGCUCUUCGAAGGCUUAAAAUAGCUAUGAACUUCAAUCCUACCGACGAAGGAGAUGGAAUAUUGAUAUAUUGUUCUCAAAGCGAAGAAGGACUUGGAGAUUUCGCAGCGCUCAUAAUAAAGAACAAGCACGUUGAAUUUCGCUACGAUAUUGGCUCGGGUAUGGCCACAUUGAGAUCUAAUUAUAUCGUACAACCUGGAACGUGGACGUACGUAACGGUAAACAGAGAUUUCAAAGAGGCGAAAUUAUCCGUGAACGGAGAGCCGUUCAUCGAAGCAAGAUCUCCUGGUGGCGCACGUACCAUGACAUUGAAUACGCCGUUGUACAUCGGUGGCGUUGAUCGUAGAAAAAUUACAUUGAACAAGAAUCUCAAUGUUGAUCGUAAUUUUCGUGGAUGCAUUAGCGAACUUGAAGUAGCUUCCGUUAGCCUGGAGAUCUUAAAAUCGGCAACGGAUAUGGCAAAUAUCGAAGAUUGCUCCAUGCUUCAUCCGAAUCAGACGAUUCCACGUACCACGCUCAUUACCCCUCCACCUACAAAUCCGCCAACAACUUUGUACGAUCCGUGCGCAUCGAGUCCUUGUAUACACGGGUUCUGUCAGAGUUUAGAUUCUCGCGAAUAUUCCUGUACCUGCGAAUAUGGAUAUGCGGGAAGAAAUUGUGAAAAUGUAUUGAAACAGUGCGAGGUAUACGCGCCUUGCAGAAACGGUGGUACUUGCACGGAUCUACACGGAUCUUACAAAUGCGACUGUAGGCUUGGCUUUAACGGGCAAACUUGUGAAAAAUUGGCAGAUAUCACGUAUGACAUCGCGUUCAAAGGAGAUGGCUGGUUAGAACUGGAAAGAUCAGUGAUGACGCACGAAGAAGAACGCGAGGUAUUGGGUUUCGAGAUAUCGACGAAUAAAACAAAUGGUUUGAUCAUGUGGCACGGCCAAACGCCAAACGAUUUGAAUCCCGAUGACUACAUAUCUCUGGCGGUUGUCGAUGGUUACGUGGAAUAUCAAUACAAUUUGGGAUCAGGCCCGGCGGUUAUUCGCGUAACCGCUCAAAGAGUCGACGACGGAGAAAGGCAUAGAAUCAUUUUAAAACGACAAGGCAGCGAUGGUAGCAUCGAGUUAAACGGCGAACAUACGGAAAGUGGACUGAGCGACGGGCUACAACAAAUCUUGAAUACCAGAGGCAGCGUUUAUUUAGGAGGUGUGCCUGAUUACGCAAUGACCUACGGACGAUACCACGAAGGAUUUUCCGGUUGUAUUUACACUCUCGAAGUACAAGACUCCGGGGCCAUCGAUAUAGGAGAAAAAGCUAUUAGAGGAAAGAACGUUUCUCCGUGUACCAGAGUGAGAUGGAUUCCAUCUUCGUUGGUAUUUACGGACGCAGAUGCAGAUAUUUUUGAUGCGUUUGUACCUCCACCUCCUGUAAAUAUCAUUCAUCCAAAACCUGCUGCAAACGUAGCCACGUGUAAUAUUAAGAGUUAUCUACUAUUGAUCGUGUUGCAACAUUUGAUUGCGUUGAAAAUAGAAAGCAGAAAUUUAAUCGUUGUUUGUACACUUUUUUACAUAGGUGCUAUUAAUACGUCAUAAGAAAUUUAUUGAUUUAAAUAGACAAAUACGUUUCAAUUUAUACAAUUUAUAGGGUAUACUUAUAUUCCAAGUUUGUGCUAAUACGUAAAUGCUUGUAAUAUUCGUAUUCCCAUAAUUUUCGAAGAAAUAUGUCUCUAUAAUCGUUAAAUUUGUUGAUUGUUUAAUGCAUUGUCAACGCAAUCUGGAACAAUCUGACCAAACCCAUGUGAUCCAGUCGAAAAACUUUCUAUCCGUGGUGAUCCGGGAAGAAGACAUUAAGAGAAUCUGUACGUGAUACGAUCCUACCUUAUUACUAAUUCAUUUUUCAAUAUUCAAAGCGGAUGGUUCUUUUGUCAAAUGUUUUAACGUUCGUUAAUGCGUUCCGUUUUAUAGAAAACUACAUUUGUUUACGAUAUGAAAGUACUGCAUACAAAUGUUAUAUAACAGCGAAACGUAUGGCAUUAUUGUAACUUUAAAAGUUUUCUACUAAGAAAUAGGGAUAAACAUUAUCGAUUGAUGUAAAAUAUUUAGGAUAUUUCUCUAUACACAAAUAUUAACUAUAAUCGGAUAAAGACUUUGACAUCAAACCCAUAAAGGUUUGUACUAAUGAAAGUAUCUAAUUAAAAUCAUACUUGUUCAUUGAUAAUAGUAAGAAUCGUAUCAAGCCUAUGCAAAGUAAUUAUGAUUUUUGCUAAAGUAUUUUAUAUCGACCACGACGUUAUCACGAACUAGUAACAACUACUCAGUUACUUUCAAGCUUUUUAAUAAUCGCCACCUUUUAUUUCCAUCAUUGAAAAUGUUUUUAUCCAGAAAUGUUAUAUUUUUUUCUACUUUAUCGGUAGUCUUGCGUUUAAAAAAUAUAUGUACUCAUAAUAUAUGUACUCAUAAUUUAUAUCUCUUAUUUCUCAUUUUAUGCAUUUUAAUGUCUAAAAUAACGUGACACGAUUGUUUUAUCGAUUAAAAAUAUACACGCGCAUACGCACGUGUGUGUGUGUGUAUCUAUACAUACACAUAUAUACUUGUAAUAUUCCCCUUUUUAAAUUUAAGAUAUAUUUCUACAGCUGCCAUAGUGAUUGAGAAAGAAAAAGAAAACAGUGUUAAAAUACAAUAAUAUAUAAUUUUUCACUGCCAUGAUCUUAUUUGUUAGACUUUAGAACUAACAGCGGAUAACAGUGGAUUUGUCUUUUAAAAAAUUGUAAUGACGAUGUAUGAAAGAAGUCACAAUUUGUAAAACUUGUUUUCAACGUCAUUUAGCAAUGAAGCUUUAUAUACUCAUCCUUCAAAUAUAUCACCUUUCCUUGUGAAACAAUUUAUUACAUUACGAAUCAAGCUUAUAUAUUUUUUUAGGCAAAACACGAUGAAAAAAAAUCUUUGCCACGUGUAACGAGAAAAAUAUGUUUUUACACGGUUUCGUAAAUCUUAACGUAAUUUAAACAUAACGAUGAUAAUAAUAAUAAUAUAACAAUGGUAUUGAUAAAACUUAACAAUAAUAUUGAUAAUAUUAAAAGUUAAUUCAAAUAUAUCUCGAUUCGAUCGAAAAGUAGCAAAUAGAUAACAUGAAAAAUCGUUUUUGCAAUUAUUUUUUUUUAAUUGUGACUACUUUCGUACUUUAGCAAACUAAUAUCACUUGUUAUACAAUGAGAUAAAUGAAUUUUGUUAAAACAAGCGCGACGAUAAAAGUUUCGAUAGAUAAAAUUUCAGCUAAAGAAUGAAAUUUUAAUAAUUAAAAUGUACUAUUUUUUAUCAAGAAAUUCGAGAGGUCGCAAUUUUCGUAGUACGAACGAAAGCAAGUUACUUUUAGAACCUUUAAUAUAAUAGUUCCGAUUGGUGCUAGUAAAAUGUGUUGCAAACGUUGUAUCGAUGUCGAAUAUAUUGCAACAUGUGCAUGAAAAUAAAAGUGAAUAAUUUACUCUUGUAA